AAAUCUUAUCCCAGAGACAGCAGUAAAAUCAAUUCAAGGAAAAAGAAAUCACAUAUAGAAAAAAGAAAGAGGAAAAGGAAAGGCAGAAAGUGAUUCACAAGUUAACAGAGUGAGUGACUUUUAAUUCACAAUAGUAAUCAAGUACAAAUCUUUACAUUUUAAUCAAAUGACCGAUUUCAGUUCUAGUAAACAACUGAAUAUUGCUGAUCGUUUAGAUAUUUUAAAUAAAUUAGAGUCUGGUGGAAAUAUAAAGGAUCUUGCGCAUGAAUAUAAUGUCACGAAUCGAAUGAUAAGACGAUUUCGACAAAAUGCUUAGUCGAUAGGGCAAUUUGCGUAAGAUUCUAAAUUGCAAAGAAAAAGAAUGUGUUCAUUCACACA